AUGGCCACCCCCAGUGUUCUCACCUUUGACGCUGAGGGUCGGGCUGUUGACUUUGAGGUCUGGCUCGAUGAUCUGCAGCUUUUCCUACAGUGCGAUAGGGCAGACGGUCUCUCCCUCUUUGACCUCACUUCUGGUGCCUCUCCUUCCCCUGCUGCUGAUGCUGACGCCACUGUUCGCUCACAGUGGGCCACGCGCGAUGCUGCUGCCCGCCUUGCUGUGCGCCGCCACUUGCCGACCGCUGAGCGUGCGCACUUUAGUCAGUACAAGAGUGCUAAGACCUUGUACGACGCUGUAGUUGCACGCUACUCUUCCCCUGCCACUGCUGCGCUCAGCCGCCUCAUACUGCCGUACCUCUUCCCUGACCUCGCCGCUUUUCCCACUGUCGCUGACCUCAUUACGCACCUUCGCACUAGUGACAUUCGCUACCGCGCUGCGCUUCCUGCUGAGUUCUGCGCCAAGAACCCCCCCCCCCCCCCCCCCCCAUUCCAAGGGCGCCCGGGCAAGGGCAAGGGAGGCAAGGGCGCUGGGGGAGCUUGCGGAGGCGGUGGAGGCGGCGGUGGAGGAGGCGGAGGGAGUGGAAGUGGCGGUGGGAGUGGUGGUGGGAGUGGUGGUGGGAGUGGGGGCGUUAGUGGAGGCAGCGGCGGCGGAGGAGGGGGCGGUGGUGGAGGUAGCGGCGGCGGAGGUGGAGCGGGUCGGGGCGGCUCUACGCAGAGGGUCGGCUCCGGUGGUGGUACGCGCCAGCAGCAGCAGCAGCAGCAGCGUACUCGUGAGACCCCUUCCCCCCAGCAGCUUCGUGAGUGGUACACUGCUCGUCAGCGGGGCGGGGGUGCUGGCCCCUGUACCUACGUUCUCCGUACCGGCGACCGAGCGGGUGAGAAGUGUGGGGGAGCGCACUCCACCCAGCGCUGCUUCGGCCGUCUGUCGGACGUGUGGCGUCACCAGUUCCCCGACGCUACUGAGAUCCCUCGCUGGGGCGAGCUGUCUAGGGUAGGUGUUGCGAUCUUUGAUCUUGAUUAUGAUGCUAUUCUUGCUGCCAUGUAUGCUGUGACUAUUAGUGAUGAGGGUGACUGUUACCGGUGUUUUCCGCCUGACCCGGGCAUUGAGGCUGCUGCGCUAGGUGCUUGUGAGACUGCUGCUCUAGGUGCCAGUGCGUCUGCCGCCCCAGGUGCCGGUGAGUCUGCGCUCUCAGGUACUGCGUCGUCUCCGGACACCCACACCUUCACCCUUGACUCGGGUGCUUCCCGCUCCUUCUUUCGAGACUGCACCACUCUCACGCCACUCAGUCGGCCCGUUGCAGUCUCCCUGGCAGACCCCUCUGGGGGUCCUGUUCUUGCCCACUACUCCACUGUCCUACCGUGUCCAGCGGUCCCGUCUGGCUCCCUGUCGGGUCUUUACCUCCCCUCGUUCUCUACGAACUUGGUGGCGGGUGCUGACCUCCAGGAUGGGGGGGUUGACCAGUUCACCCCUGCGCGUCAGCGGGUGACUCACUGCACGUGUGCAGACACGGGCCGACACUUGGCCACGUUUACCCGUCGGCCGGGGUCGAGCCUGUACACACUGACUACUGAGUCUCCUCCAGUCACUGAGUCUGCUCAGGUAGCAGCGUCGGGUCAGGUGUUUGCUGCGGCGUCCAGGUCUGGUCCUGAGUCUGCCCCCUGCUCGUGUCGUCUCCUGUCCCACCGGACUCUCCUCUGGCACCACCGCCUUGGUCACCCCUCCCUGCCUCGCCUUCGAGGCAUGGCUUCCCGUCUUCUUGUCUCUGGCCUCCCCCGGUCCCUCCCUCCCCUUCCUCCGGGGCCUGCCCCCACCUGCGUUCCCUGCGUCGAGGGGCGGCAGCGCGCUGCUCCUCACUCCUCCGAGUUUCCUCCGACAGAGGCUCCGCUGCAGACGCUUCACAUGGACGUGUGGGGCCCAGCCCGCGUCCGUGGGCAGGGUCACGAGCGUUACUUCCUGCUGGUGGUUGACGACUACUCGCGUUACACCACAGUCUUCCCCUUGCGCAGCAAGGGUGACGUCACUGAGGUGUUGAUCGCCUGGAUCCGCGCAGCUCGUCUCCAGCUCCGGGAGAGUUUCGGCUCGGACUUUCCUGUUCUGCGUCUGCACUCCGACAGAGGCGGAGAGUUCUCCUCUGACCUUCUGCGGGCCUUCUGUCGUGCACGAGGCAUCCGCCAGACCUUCACGCUUCCGGACUCUCCGCAGCAGAAUGGGAUUGCUGAGCGCCGCAUUGGCAUGAUCAUGGACGUCGCUCGUACGUCCAUGGUCCAUGCGGCUGCCCCCCAUUUUCUGUGGCCGUUUGCGGUUCGGUACGCGGCGCAUCAGAUCAACCUUCACCCCCGGGUCUCCAUGCCGGAGACCUCCCCUGCUUUGCUGUGGACGGGGAAGGCUGGCGAUGCGUCUGCGUUCCGUGUCUGGGGAUCUCGGGCGUUUGUCCGCGACUUGUCUGCGGACAAGCUGUCCUCUCGUGCUGUUCCCUGCGUCUUCCUUGGCUUCCCUCCUGACGCGCCAGGCUGGCAGUUCUACCACCCCACCUCGCGCCGUGUUCUGUCCUCCCAGGACGUCACCUUUGACGAGUCGGUUCCCUACUACCGUCUCUUCCCCUACCGCACUGCGUCCCUCCCUCCCCCGCCGCUCUUCCUUACGCCAGGUCCCCCUCCGGUAGACCCCCUCAGGGUCCUGCUCCCUCAGGUGUGUCCCAGGUAG